AUGGUCGUCUACUCAUUCCAUAUCUUUGACAGACACACUGAGUGUGUCUACUCGAAGUCAUGGCUGCCAUCAUCUGCAGGCCCCGAAACCGCAGCCCCCGUGACAUCCUCCGACGACGCAAAGCUCCUAUUCGGCACUGUCUUCUCCCUCCGCAACAUGGUUCGCAAGCUCGGCGGCGAUGACGACGCAUUUAUCAGCUACCGCACAUCCCAGUACAAGCUGCAUUUCUACGAGACGCCUGCCAAUCUACGAUUUGUUAUCCUCACAGACACAGCGACGUUAAGCAUGCGUAAUGUGCUGCACCAGAUAUAUAUCAACCUAUGGGUGGAAUAUGUGGUCAAGAAUCCCCUGGCUCCAGUGGAACAUAAGGGUGGCGACGGUGUCAAGAAUGAGCUCUUUGAGCUCGGUCUUGAUCAGUUCAUUAGAGGUCUAAUGUGA